AUGAAAAAACUUUUUUAUUCAAACUAAAUUAAAUAAGCUUAAAAUUUAUAAAAUAUAUGCCUUUAACUUUAAUUAAACGUGAUUUUCAUUUAUAAAAGCUAAAAUUAAAUUGGGGAUGAUGGAGCUUCUACUAUUGGUACAGCACUUGGUAACUGCAAGUUCCUUACUAAUCUCGUUUUUGAUAUUUAGGAAAAUCAAAUUGGUGAUAGAGGAGCAUAAAAUAUUGGAUUAGGUUUAAGUAACUGCACUUAGCUUACAAAUUUAAAAUUUGUGAUAAGCGAAAAUUAAAUUGGGAAUUAUGGAGCCUCUACUAUUGGUACAGCACUUGGUAAGUGCAAGUUCCUUACUAAUCUCGAUUUUGAUAUUUAGAAAAAUCAAAUUGGUGAUAGAGGAGCAUAAAAUAUUGGAUUAGGUUUGAGUAACUGCACUCAAUUAACAAAUUUAAAAUUUGGGAUAAGCUAAAAUUAAAUUGGGGAUGAUGGAGCUUCUACUAUUGGUACAGCACUUGGUAACUGCAAGUUCCUUACUAAUCUCAACUUUUAAAUUUGGAAAAAUCAAAUUGGUGAUAGAGGAGCAUAAAAUAUUGGAUUAGGUUUGAGUAACUGCACUCAAUUAACAAAUUUAGAAUUUGGGAUAGGCUAAAAUUAAAUUGGGGAUGAUGGAGCGUCUACUAUUGGUACAGCACUUGGUAACUGCAAGUUCCUUACUAAUCUCGAAUUUUAAAUUUGGAAAUCUCAAAUUGGUGAUAGAGGAGCAUAAAAUAUUGGAUUAUGCUUAAGUAAAUGCUCUUAGCUUACAAAUUUAAGUUUAAUCUCAGACAAUGAUGAGAAAUUUCUAAAAUCAAGUGAAAUCAUCAACUGUAAAAACAUAAAGUUAUUAAAACUUUUUAGAUAAGGUACUGAAAAAAAAUAAAGAGAAAUCAAAAGAUAAGCUUUAAAAAUAAAAAGAUUAGUAAAAUUAAUUGUAGAUGAAAAUUGA